UUGGUGGGGGUCUGAGGUAACCUAGGCCCUAGAGGUCCGGGCAGGGGGCAAUGUGGGGAACUCUUGGGGCGCGAAUCUGAAACCCUUUUCCGCUACCGUCUGUAGACUGGGAACGAGUCUUGGCUCGAAAUAAACCUUCUAGAGAGAUAACUUGCUUUUAGUCCCAGUGACUUCGGAGGCAGGAGAGGUUCGGGGGAGCAGUAGCGAGGUCUCCCCAUGGAAAGUGUGAACGACGGAAAGGUAUUAAGACGCUGCGUGUUAAAAGCGUAAAUAACGGAAACAGUUACUGGAAUCAAGACCUUGAUUUGAAUUUCCGCUUUGGUACUCGUCAGCCUUGGACAGCUUGUUGCCUCUUGUGAGGUUCUGUUGUCUCACUUCCAAAAUGGGGAAAAAUAAUCUCUGGAGAUACACUGUCUUGGCACGUGGAGAAGGUGCGGAGCUAGCUCUUUUUCUAUAAAACAGAAGUGGAGGAAGUCACAAAGUUUACCAAAUUUUGGGAGUUAAUGAAGCCCUGGUGGCGCAGUGUUCAAGAGCUCGACUGCCAGCCAAAAGGUCAGCAGCAGUUCAAAUCUACCAGCCGGUCCUUGGAAACCCUGUGGGGCAGUUCCUGUCUGUUCUAUAGGGUCGCUAUGACUCGGAAUCAACUCGACGGCAACGGGUUUGGCUGUUGAUGGUUCCUGGUACAGUAGUUCCUGUGGUUUUAGGUUGAUUUUCCUCCAAAAUGUACCUUUUUCCAUAUCCGAGGGAGUAGCAGGGGAGCUUGGAUACAACUGGGCUUGGGGUUGUAAUGGAUGGCAUCAUUAUGAAGAAACGGGAAAGUAGGCUGUGUUCUUCGGAACCGCUAGGAGGAAUGAAAAUAACCUGGGCGGGAGCUGUUUAGGACUUAAGCAAAAAGAAAAAAAAAAGCACCCUUGCCAUCGAGUCGAUUCCGACCCAUAGCGACCCUAGAGAACAAGAGUUGAACUGCCCCAUAGGGUUUCCAAGGAGCACCUGGUAGAUUCGAGCUGCUGACCCUUUGGUUAGCAGUCGUAGCACUUAACCGCUUCUUCAGCAGCGGCACAAAAUUAGCUUUAUUUUUCUUGUCAGUUGGUUGGGCCAUUCUCUUCUUUUUCCACCGUGGACGUUUUCCUUUGUUUUUGCUGUGAUCCUAGAAGAACAUUUGAAGAUGUUCCUUAGUUUCAAGUAGAAAAAUUUUAUAUCAAGAGUCAUUAACCACUCUUUUCCUCUUUUGGUCACCCUGCUUUUGCCCUGCUGAGAAAUGAUUAUGAAAAGAUUUACUCAUAAUUCUCUCUUCAGAUUUAACAACAAAAUGAAAUUCACAUGUUAAUUACACACCAUCUUGGAUUUCUCAAGUUUCCUUUUGUUUGUAAAUAGGCACGUUGAGGAAAAAUAACAAGUUUAUUUCUUAGCUGUAAUUGUGUAUAGAGACACCUCCGUUUAUGUAGUCUUCAGUUUCCUGUGACUGCAACUGUAAACUAUAAAUGAAAAAGCCCUUUGUUUAUUGCUAUCUCCAAGAUAGGUAAAAUAAUAAAGUGCAGGGUAGUGUGAUUGUGUGUAGUACCCAACCUUUGAUUGAAGGAGAAUAAAAUGCAGUAUAAAUGAAUGUUUUUGCUUUUUUAUACGUCUGAAAGGCUGUGCUGUAGCAUGAAAUUAAUUCUCUUCCGGGGCGGGAACAGGGUUGGAGGAAGCUUUUGCUGUACUUAUGAAUCCUCAACUGUGUGAAUGUAUGACCUAUUUAAAUACAAAGAUAAAGAUCUAGCGUCUGUGACAAAAGGCAAAUAGGCAAUACACAUCCUAGUUCCCAAUAUUCCCAUUACUUGUUAUGAGACCCUGGGCAAGUGAUUUAAUUUCUGAACUUUAGUUUCCUUGUCUAUAAAAUGAAUGUAAUACCACAUACUUUAAAGGUUUCUUGUGGAAUUAAAGACAAAGUUUAUAGCACAGUGCCUAUACAUUAUUCCUCAGUAGGCCUUACUGGUUCUGCUGCCUUCAGUCAGAAGUUUCCAUACAGAUGUGUCUGCUAAAAUAACCAUUUCCCAGCUGAUAUUUUUUCUGCUUUCAUAUGCCAUUAGCUUGCUUUGACUCAGAACUGUUGGUAUAACUAAGGCCUGGAUUCUGGACUAAGGUGGCUCAGUUUUGCUGCCACCGCCACCAUGUUCCUGUAUAACUUGACCUUGCAGCGAGCCACUGGCAUCAGCUUUGCCAUUCAUGGCAACUUUUCUGGAACCAAACAACAGGAAAUUGUUGUUUCUCGUGGAAAGAUCUUGGAGCUGCUUCGCCCUGAUCCCAACACUGGCAAAGUACACACCCUUCUAACUGUGGAAGUAUUUGGUGUUAUCCGAUCUCUCAUGGCCUUUAGGCUGACAGGUGGCACCAAAGACUACAUUGUGGUUGGCAGUGACUCAGGCCGGAUUGUUAUCCUGGAGUACCAGCCAUCUAAGAAUAUGUUUGAGAAAAUUCACCAAGAGACCUUUGGCAAGAGUGGAUGCCGCCGCAUCGUUCCUGGCCAGUUCUUAGCUGUAGAUCCCAAAGGACGAGCUGUUAUGAUCAGUGCCAUUGAGAAACAGAAAUUGGUAUAUAUUUUGAACAGAGAUGCUGCAGCCCGGCUUACCAUUUCAUCUCCCCUGGAAGCUCACAAAGCAAACACUUUAGUGUAUCAUGUGGUUGGAGUAGAUGUGGGAUUUGAAAAUCCAAUGUUUGCUUGUCUGGAAAUGGAUUAUGAGGAAGCUGACAAUGAUCCAACAGGCGAAGCAGCAGCUAAUACCCAGCAGACACUUACUUUCUAUGAGUUAGACCUUGGUUUAAACCACGUGGUCCGAAAAUACAGUGAACCUUUGGAGGAACAUGGCAACUUCCUUAUUACAGUUCCAGGAGGGUCAGAUGGUCCAAGUGGAGUACUGAUCUGCUCUGAAAACUAUAUCACCUACAAGAACUUUGGUGACCAACCAGAUAUCCGUUGUCCUAUUCCCAGGAGAAGGAAUGACCUGGAUGACCCUGAGAGAGGAAUGAUUUUUGUCUGCUCUGCCACCCAUAAGACCAAAUCGAUGUUUUUCUUUUUGGCCCAAACCGAGCAAGGAGAUAUCUUCAAGAUCACUUUGGAGACAGAUGAAGAUAUGGUUACUGAGAUCCGGCUCAAGUAUUUUGAUACUGUGCCUGUUGCUGCUGCCAUGUGUGUGCUUAAAACAGGCUUCCUCUUUGUAGCAUCAGAAUUUGGAAACCAUUACUUAUAUCAGAUUGCACACCUUGGAGAUGAUGAUGAAGAACCUGAGUUUUCAUCUGCUAUGCCUCUGGAAGAAGGAGACACGUUCUUCUUUCAGCCAAGACCGCUCAAAAACCUUGUGCUGGUCGACGAGUUGGAUAGCCUCUCUCCUAUUCUGUUUUGCCAGAUAGCCGAUCUGGCCAAUGAAGACACUCCACAGCUAUAUGUGGCUUGUGGUAGGGGACCUCGAUCAUCUUUGAGAGUCUUAAGGCAUGGACUUGAGGUGUCAGAAAUGGCCGUCUCUGAGCUACCCGGUAAUCCCAAUGCUGUCUGGACAGUACGUCGUCACAUUGAAGACUUUGUCACCUUCUUACUCCCUCAGGAAUGGUGGCUGGUGAAGGUGCUGAUCACCACAGAUGAGUUUGAUGCCUACAUCAUUGUGUCUUUCGUGAAUGCCACCCUUGUGUUGUCCAUUGGAGAGACUGUAGAAGAAGUGACUGAUUCCGGGUUCCUUGGCACCACUCCAACAUUAUCGUGCUCCUUGUUAGGAGAUGAUGCCUUGGUGCAGGUGUAUCCAGAUGGCAUUCGGCACAUACGAGCAGACAAGAGAGUCAAUGAGUGGAAGACUCCGGGUAAAAAAACAAUUGUGAAGUGUGCAGUGAACCAGCGGCAAGUGGUGAUUGCCCUGACAGGAGGAGAGCUGGUCUACUUUGAGAUGGAUCCCUCAGGGCAGCUGAAUGAGUACACAGAGCGAAAAGAGAUGUCGGCAGAUGUGGUGUGCAUGAGCCUGGCCAAUGUACCCCCUGGAGAGCAGCGGUCUCGAUUCCUGGCUGUGGGGCUGGUGGACAACACCGUCAGAAUCAUCUCCCUGGAUCCCUCAGACUGUUUGCAACCUCUGAGCAUGCAGGCUCUCCCCGCCCAGCCUGAGUCCUUGUGUAUCGUGGAAAUGGGUGGGACUGAGAAGCAGGAUGAGCUGGGUGAGAGGGGCUCUAUUGGCUUCCUCUACCUCAAUAUUGGGCUGCAGAAUGGUGUGCUGCUAAGAACGGUCCUGGACCCUGUCACUGGGGAUCUGUCUGACACACGCACUAGAUACCUGGGGUCCCGUCCUGUGAAACUUUUUCGUGUCCGGAUGCAAGGCCAGGAGGCAGUGUUAGCCAUGUCAAGCCGCUCAUGGUUGAGCUAUUCUUACCAGUCUCGUUUUCAUCUCACUCCCCUGUCUUAUGAGACGUUGGAAUUUGCAUCUGGCUUCGCCUCUGAACAGUGUCCUGAAGGCAUCGUAGCUAUCUCCACCAAUACGCUGAGGAUUUUGGCAUUGGAGAAGCUAGGUGCUGUCUUCAAUCAAGUAGCCUUUCCACUGCAGUACACGCCCAGAAAAUUUGUCAUCCACCCUGAGAGUAACAACCUCAUCAUCAUUGAGACUGACCACAACGCCUACACUGAGGCCACAAAAGCUCAGAGGAAGCAGCAGAUGGCAGAGGAAAUGGUGGAAGCGGCAGGGGAGGAUGAGCGAGAGCUGGCUGCAGAGAUGGCAGCAGCAUUCCUCAAUGAAAACCUCCCCGAGUCCAUUUUUGGAGCUCCCAAGGCUGGCAAUGGACAGUGGGCCUCUGUGAUCCGUGUGAUGAAUCCUAUUCAAGGGAACACAUUGGACCUAGUCCAGCUGGAGCAGAAUGAGGCAGCUUUUAGUGUGGCUGUGUGCAGGUUCUCCAACACUGGUGAUGACUGGUAUGUGCUAGUGGGAGUGGCCAAGGACCUAAUCCUGAACCCCCGAUCUGUGGCGGGAGGCUUUGUCUAUACCUACAAGCUUGUGAACAAUGGGGAAAAACUGGAGUUUUUGCACAAGACUCCAGUUGAAGAGGUUCCUGCUGCCAUUGCCCCAUUCCAGGGGAGGGUGUUGAUUGGUGUGGGGAAGCUUCUGCGAGUCUAUGACUUAGGGAAGAAGAAAUUACUUCGAAAGUGUGAGAAUAAGCAUAUUGCCAAUUACAUCUCUGGGAUCCAGACCAUUGGGCACAGGGUAAUUGUGUCUGACGUCCAAGAAAGUUUCAUCUGGGUCCGCUACAAGCGUAAUGAGAAUCAGCUCAUCAUCUUUGCUGAUGAUACUUAUCCCCGAUGGGUCACUACAGCUAGCCUCCUUGACUAUGACACUGUGGCUGGUGCAGACAAGUUUGGCAACAUUUGUGUGGUGAGGCUCCCACCUAACACCAAUGAUGAGGUGGAUGAGGAUCCCACAGGAAACAAAGCCCUUUGGGACCGAGGCUUGCUCAAUGGGGCCUCACAAAAGGCAGAGGUAAUCAUGAACUACCAUGUUGGGGAGACAGUUCUGUCAUUACAGAAGACUACACUGAUCCCUGGAGGCUCCGAAUCACUUGUCUAUACCACCUUGUCAGGUGGAAUUGGCAUUCUUGUUCCAUUCACAUCCCAUGAGGACCAUGACUUCUUCCAACAUGUGGAGAUGCACCUAAGGUCAGAGCAUCCUCCUUUGUGUGGGCGGGACCAUCUCAGCUUUCGUUCCUAUUACUUUCCAGUUAAGAAUGUGAUUGAUGGAGAUCUCUGUGAGCAGUUCAACUCCAUGGAGCCCAACAAACAGAAGAAUGUCUCUGAAGAACUGGACCGGACCCCACCAGAGGUGUCCAAGAAGCUUGAGGAUAUCCGAACCCGUUAUGCCUUCUGAGCUCCUCCUUUACUUGUGGGGCUUGCCAGGGACUCUAUGUCCUAUUCCCACCACCACAACCACCUGGUUCUGCACCCACGUGGCAGAAGGUGGCUGGGUAAUUCAGACUUUGUGAAUAUUAAAGCUAAUAGCUCUUUCCCGUCAACUCCUCCCCUGGAAUGAUUGGUUCCCCCUAAAACUGGCACUGAGAUUGCUACACUUCUCCCUUCCAGGUAUAAAAUACCUUGCUCCAGGUUCCAGUGUGGAAUAAGAUCGUCCCCUUUUCCCACGGCCUCUCCCUGCAUUGAUAUUUCUGAUUUCUGGCUCUCUUGUCUACUUUUGUACACACUCUUAAUUUUUAACUGGUUUUCCUGUAAAUAUAGUUUUUUGUACAAUGUUAUUUUUGUGGGAGGGAGAGGGGCAAGCUGAAGCGGGGACCGGGUUAGAUAUAGUAUAACUCCUGAGUUCUGCUACUCUGGAACCUAACCAGAAAUACAAACUUAGUUUUUCAGGUGGCUGAUGUACACGUGUCAUUUUUGGGGGUGAGGAAUUAGGUGGGAGAUUUGAGCCUGAGUCAAACAGGAAGGACUGAGCAUACUUCCUUCUCUGGCACUCUGUAGCCCAUUCCUGCCUCCUCACCUGCCUCAAAUUCUAUGAUGGUUUCUUUGACUUUUCUUCACCCUUUCUGCUUUGCAGAUGAAACAGGGUCAAUAAUAGCCAUAUUGUGAUCUUUGCUUUUUGCUGCUGGAUGUUGAGAAAGGGUGGUUGAUUUCUCCUCUCCUGUUUUAGCUUUCUUCUACUUUUAGGUCUUGGGGUGAAGGAGAUUUAGCAUGAAUUCCAGCUGAGUAGUCUAAUUGAACAGAUGUUCCCUUUGUCUCUCUGGAUCCUGAAAUGAUCUUUUCCCUUAUGACUACCAGAAGGGGCUCAGUAAGUACAGAAGAACUCAGAUACUAACCUGCUCUUGAGAACAAUGUGUACGUGGGCCCUGUUUAAAGGCAUAUGGCUUAACCAGGGGAGGCCUGUCUUCAGUGUAACUAACAUCUUGGCCAGGACCCUAGGGGGUUAUGAGGAGGGAGCUCUUGGGAGCAUGUCAACUCUUUAAGUAGGCCUGAUCUCAGAAACUUUCCAGCCUACAUCUAAGAAUUUGGCCUUCUUCCUGCCUAGCUAUGUGGGAAGCCCAGAUCUUCCACACACUUGAAGGAAACUCCAAAGUAAGGAAGCAGUUCAUUGAGCCUGGAGUAACCUGAGCUCUUGGUGGUUUUCACAAAUUCAUAAAGUAAAAAUUUUGUGUGCGUGUGUUCAGCCACCUUAUAUUAACAGGUUUUCUGUGGCCAGGACUGGGUUAGAAUUAGGAAUGGAAACAAUGAGCCAUAAUCUCUGACCCCGAAGAGCUCAUGAUCCAGUCAAGAGGGGUUCCUGGUGCUUUCUCCUACAAAUGAUUAUCUCUUUAAUCAUGACUUGGUUUUUAGGUCAGUCAGUAGAGACCCAGGUUUUGUCAAGAAUUGAAUUCCUAAAUAGUGCUUUUCUUGCUCCUUUAUUAGCACACAGAUUCUCAUAGUAAUACUUGUGAAUUGCGUUUCCAUCCAGUGUGAAAGCUUUAAUUCCAGGGCCUGUGUUUCCCCACCUAAACCUACUCUGUUUAAUCUGUCAAUCUCUAUGAUGCUGACAUGCAGUCAUCUGAGAAACUCAGCAUAGGUAUUUGAGCAGUGGCUCCUUAUUCCUAGGCUCUUUUCUGACCCGAGUUUGAAACACUUAACCUCAUUCUUCCUACUGUAAUAGGGUGUUUUUGUAAGAAAGGAAAAUUAACUGCACAGAAUUGGGAAUUGUCACCAUUGAGCUUCCAUUGGUUGUCUUGUUCUUUGCAAGAGGGGGUACUCUGGUAAGUGGAAUUUCUGGAAGACAGGUACAAGGAAUGAAGCUUGAGUGUGUUGAAGUAGGAAUUCUGUCUUAUUCAUAGCUGUUGCCCCAGGACUUACAACACAUGUGCAGUAAAUAUUUAGUGGUUGAACGAGGCUUAAUUACAGAUCCCAUCUGUGUAAUUGUUAAGGGGACCUAAUCAACUUCUUUGGUUUGGUUGGCGACCAGGUAAAUAGGGAGCUCUCUCCAGCGUUGCAAAACAUAUUAGAGGCUGGAUAGAGCUCAGAGGUAAUGUUAGGACCCUGAGGCAUUUGCCCUUGGUCAUGAGGCUUGCUCCUAUCCUGUUCCUUAUCUGUUAGGUUCCUGUGACUUGGGUCUAAGAAAGAACUAAAAACUUUUUAGCUGCCUCAGCUUUCGCCUGACCCUACCGGCAGAGGUUCUGCAGAUGUUCUUUCCUUUGGAAAAAUCUCUUGCCAAGAAAAGCAUUCUUUAGAGGAGGGGGUGGGGAGUCCAAGUUGGGUUGUGGAUGGAAUGUUGGUUUGUAAAUGUUAGCAGUCCAGCUGCCAGGGCUGGGAAAACCUCUUGGGGCCUGUGCGUCUCACGGGGAGGUGCUUGUCUCCAGAUGCUUGCUGCUGUAUGAUUCUGCAGUCUUUCUUGAGCCCCUUUAGAGGAAAGCUGGAAAUGCUGGGAGCCACUCUCAGAUGGCGACCAACCUGGCCUUCAGAUUGUUUUAAUUCCUGUGUUCUGUUUAUUCAAAAUAGAAAUGACCUGUGUUUAUAU